AUGCGAUCACGAUGCCCCCGCCACGUUGUUGACGCUCUCGAGCGCACGCAGCAGACGUCGCUGCUUGGCGUACGACCCGAACCCCUGAAAAGGUCGUGUGCUCAGCGAUAUUAUACCUCCGGCUGCCUCAGAAGGACUCAGCAUCGUCCGAAUCAACUAUGCCAACCCUAUUCUACUGCGGCUGCGAUCGCGCCCCGCGCCGCAAAAGUUCCUGAACCGCGAACAUUAGCGAUACCGUCCCAAGCAAGACACAACGAAAUCGGUGUUCAGCAAGUGAGCGCGCACAUCCAUCCACAACUCUUCCCAUCGACAGGCGCACCGAAACCGGAAGAAGAGCUGGUCGCGCUAUCGAAACAUCACCUGGCCCGUCACGACCUGCUGGGCAAGACCAGCGACAAUGUAGAGCCUGUGGGCUUUGACCUCCCAGAUCUUCAGGGUGCGUCGCUGGACGAGCACUUCUAUAAGCUGGGAAUGGACAGUGCCGAGCCAUAUUUGAGUCUUUCGAAAAAGUAUGCUCGCGCCUCGCCGCCGCCCAAGCCUCGAAGAUGGGCCAAGAGGAGUGGUUGGACAAAAUAUUUCGAGGAUGGUACUUCAGAGACGAUAGAUGCCCCCGAUGCCGAUGUGCUCACAUUCGAUACUGAGGUGAUGUGGCACGAGACAAACUUUCCUGCAAUGGCAUGUGCAGUGUCAGGCACACAUUGGUACGCGUGGAUAUCGCCUUGGCUGCUGGGAGAAAGCGAGAACGACAGGCAUUUAAUUCCUCUCGGUGACCCAGAAAAGUCUCGAAUAAUCGUUGGACACAACAUUAGCUAUGACAGAGCUCGUAUUUCAGAGGAGUACGGUUUGGAGCAGACUCGAAACUUCUUCAUGGACACCAUGAGUCUCCAUGUUGCAGUGAAUGGAAUGUGCAGUCGACAGCGGCCGACAUGGGUGAAGCACCGCAAAGAGCGCGAGUUUCAAGACAGAAUUGCUGCUGCAAACGACAGUGUGGACUUAUCUUCUCUACUCGAAUCCCGGGAAAGCUCGUCCGAAGAAGAAGAACUCUGGGUGGGCAGAUCGUCCGUCAAUAGCUUGCGUGAUGUUGCCAAAUUUCACUGCGGCAUCACCAUCGACAAGGCCAGACGCGAGUGGUUCGGCGAGCUAGAUCGCGCUGGAAUCGUUGAACGCCUGGAUGAACUGCUUGACUACUGUGCAGCCGAUGUCGAAAUCACACACAAAGUGUACAAGAAGGUCUUUCCACUUUUUGUAGAGACAUGCCCUCAUCCCGUAUCAUUCGCGGCUCUGAGACAUAUGGCAACCGAGAUUUUACCUGUCGACCAGAAGUGGAAGUCCUACAUUGCAAAUGCCGAAGCCACGUACCACAGAUUGUCAUCCGGAGUGACUGAGCGUCUGGAAGAUCUCGCUGAGAAAGCUUUGAAGCGUCGAUCGGAUCCUGAGAUGUACCAGAAUGAUCCAUGGCUCCGACAGCUGGACUGGACUGGGCAAGAGGUUCGUAUGGUGAAGGGGAGGAAGAAAGGCGACCCACCGAGGCCAGCUGCACGACAGAAGAAACCGGGCAUGCCGAAAUGGUACAAAGAUCUCUUCUCCACGAACGAUGCCGCAAUUGCCUUGACCGUGCGCACCCGCAUUGCACCACUUCUGCUGAGAAUGGCUUGGGACGGCCAUCCUCUGGUUUGGUCAGACAAGUUCGGUUGGACUUUCAAAGUCCCUGAUCAUCACGCGCAAAAAUACGAGGACCAAGCAAUGACAAGAUGCAAUAUGCUAGAAGAGGAGAAUUUCGCGCUUCGCGACGACUUUGAACACAGCUAUUUCAAACUCCCACAUAAGGAUGGACCAGAGGCACGUUGCACCUCUCCUCUUGCCAAAGGAUAUCUGAGUUUCUUUGAAAGCGGUACGUUGUCUUCUGAGUACGCAUAUGGUAAAGAGGCUUUGGAGAUGAACGCUUCCUGCUCCUACUGGAUCAGCGCGCGCGACCGCAUCAGGUCUCAAAUGGUUGUGUACGAAAGCGAGCUUGCAACAUCUCCCGAGGAGAGCAACAAGUUCGGGUACAUCUUGCCACAGGUGAUCCCAAUGGGGACUAUCACAAGGCGUGCCGUGGAGAACACCUGGCUCACUGCCUCCAAUGCCAAGAAAAAUCGCGUUGGCUCGGAGUUGAAGAGCAUGAUUACCGCUCCACCCGGGUACUGCUUUGUAGGGGCUGAUGUUGACAGCCAAGAGCUCUGGAUUGCGUCGCUUGUUGGUGAUGCCAGUUUCAAGAUACAUGGCGGGAAUGCUAUCGGUUUCAUGACACUCGAGGGAACCAAAGCUGCAGGCACAGACUUGCAUUCCCGCACUGCGAAGAUCCUUGGGAUCUCUCGGAAUGACGCCAAGGUCUUCAACUAUGGAAGGAUUUACGGCGCUGGUCUCAAGUUCGCCCAAUCACUCCUGCGCCAGUUCAAUCCUACACUAAAAGAGGAGCAGGCGAAGGAGAUUGCGACAAAUCUGUACCUGGACACCAAGGGCAAAAAUGUAACCAAGAAGGUACUCCGCGAUCGCAAGUUCUGGCAUGGCGGUACUGAAAGUCUAGUGUUCAACAAGCUUGAAGACUUCGCCGAGCAGGAAAGGCCGCGCACUCCUGUACUUGGAGCAGGCAUCACAGAAGCUCUUAUGCGUCGCUUCAUUAGCAAGGGCGGCUUCAUGACCAGUCGCAUUAACUGGGCCAUUCAGUCUUCUGGAGUCGACUACCUCCAUCUGUUGAUCAUCAGUAUGGAGUACAUGUGCAAGCGAUACAAUAUUAACGCUCGCCUAGCCCUCACGGUCCACGACGAGAUCCGCUACCUCGCCAAGAGCGAGGACAAGUACCGAUGUGCAAUGGCGCUCCAGGUUGCCAAUGUCUGGACUCGAGCGAUGUUCAGCCAGCAAAUGGGCAUUCACGAUCUGCCUCAAUCUUGCGCUUACUUCAGCGCGGUUGAUAUUGACCACGUACUGCGAAAGGAGGUGGACAUGGACUGCGUGACACCGUCUCAUCCCAAUCCAAUUGCGCCGGGCGAGUCGCUUGACAUUCAACAACUUCUCCAGAAGGGCGACGAAGCCUACCUCGACCCUGCCAUCGUACCAACCGUGGCGCCUCAGCCCGAGCGAUUCGAAUACACCUAUCGUGCGCCGGUCAUGGAGAGCCUGCAGACUCCAAACGCAAUGGCAUACCUCAAAGCGCAAAUUGCUUCCACGCCAACCGAGCUCAACAAGAUCAUCAAAGACCUCAAAGCCCCGGAAACGAAGAAACCUUUCCCGCCGGAAGACGUGGGCGGUUCUGACCCAACCGUCAAGCCCGCUCCCAAAGGACGGCCCCGAAAGGCAAAACCCUCGAGCCAGGCGAUGGUGCGCAAAUACAGCCAACUGCCCGUACGCGCACCGCCUCCCGGCAUGCUGCCCUCGCCCUUCCCGCAGCACAAGUCACACAUGGAUCUCUGGGACCUGGCCAACAAGAAUGGCGAACUCUCGCGCGCUCUGGGGAAUACGGCCGUCGAUGUCGGACUGAUCAAGAAGAUGCCCACUCGACCUUGGAACUUUCCGAGAAGUGCCAUGUAA